AUGCCUGCGAGGGGCUCAUACCGGCCAUGGUGGAGGCGUCGGCGUCGUUCCAAUCGUAACAGGGUGAGGCACGACAACAUCAACAGACGUGGUGACGGAACUCUGAGUCGAGGCCAGAGGAGGAGACGUGCCGAGCGCGAUGUUUACCAUCUGGAGGAUGGGGGCGUUAUGCCUUCCUUUUCCGAACUUGAACCUGUUCUGACAGACGAGGCAAAGGCAAUUGACUACUUCUAUAAGAAGGGAGUCAUUCGUCCACCGGGGUCCUGUCCCAGGUGCACCCGUCAACUUCGUUACUCACCCAAUAAACGAAACACUGUCAGGUGCCGUGCCUUCAACUGUCAGUUCAUCAUUCCUACGAAGUGUGACCAGUGCAGUGGUGAAAUGGUCGCCUACCACAGUGACGAUGGAGAACUCGAGUCAAUGCAGUGCCAAAACAGCAGCUGUCACUGGACUUGGAAGUCCAAAGGAACUGGAUUCGAAUGUUCUAUCCAAAAGGGAAGUGUCCUGAUGCAUGUCAAGAUAAAGAAGAGCCAGGUUCUCUGGAUCGCCUACCUUUGGCUACUGAAGGUUACUGCGAGAACAUCAGCGACUUUAAUUGGUAUCUCCGAAGGCACAGUCGGGACAUGGUAUAGACAUUUCAGAAGGAUGGUAAUCGAGAUGGUCCUGCAAGCGGACAAGGAAGACUACAUGCUCGGAGGCCCAGGGUGUGUGGUGGAGGCGGACGAAGGUAAAUUUGGUCGUAGGAAGGACAAUCGUGGCAGGUGUGUCAAUGCGGAUUGGGUUUUCGGAAUGGUGGAACGGGGUGGCGAAAGGAAACUGGCUUUGGCAGUUGUCCCGGAUAGAAAGGGCAACACUCUGCUGCCACUCAUCAUGGCUUUUGUCCGACCAGGAACUACAAUCAACACGGACAAGCAUGGCGGCUACAACCGUAUUGGAGAUUUACCCGGGUACGGCUACACUCACAGGACAUUGUGCCACAAGUAUGAGUUCGUUGCCGAGGAUGGAACACACACCCAGACUAUUGAGGGCAACUGGCGAGUUCUGAAGAAGAAUGUCCCAGAGUCACAACGUGAAGGCAGCAAUUUGCAGGAGUACUUAUAUGAGUGCAUGUGGAGACGCAAGCAUGCACAGAACCUAUGGUCAGCUUUUCUCGAAGGAAUGGCUAGGCUACGUUACAGGCCAGAGGAUAUCGACAGGCUUUGGGAAUUGCGAGAGGAACGGGAGGAAUCCUGGAGCCCAGAGGAAUCCUCCAUUGACGACUCGCUGGAUGCCGAUUCCAGUGCCACCGAUAGCAGCCUGAGCGAAGUCUCCUCCAGUUACAUGGUUAUCUAG